CGAUCUCCCCGGGCCAUGGAUGAGUCCCCGCUGCUGGUGGCUGAGCUGGAGCUGGAGCCCCUCAACGCCUCCCUGAACGAGUCCUGGGCCAACCCGUUCGUGCAGCCACCGUGGCAGGUGGCCCUGUGGGCCGUGGCCUAUGCCCUCAUCGUGGUGGUGGCCGUGGUGGGCAACGCCGUGGUCAUGUGGAUCAUCCUGGCGCACAAGCGGAUGCGCACGGUCACCAACUACUUCCUGGUGAACCUGGCCUUCGCCGAGGCCGCCAUGGCCGCGCUCAACACCGUGGUGAACUUCAGCUACGCCGUGCACAACGAGUGGUACUUCGGGCCCGCCUACUGCCGCUUCCACAACUUCUUCCCCAUCGCCGCCGUCUUCGCCAGCAUCUACUCCAUGACGGCCAUCGCGCUGGACAGGUACAUGGCCAUCAUCCACCCGCUCCGGCCGCGCCUCUCGGCCGCGGCCACCAAGGCUCUGAUCGGGCUGAUCUGGCUGCUGGCGCUGCUGCUGGCCUUUCCCCAGGGAUAUUUCUCCGUCACUGCUGAGCUCCCGGGACGCCUCGUCUGCCUCGUGGAGUGGCCGGAGCCCGGAGGAGCCAUGUCCGGGAAAACGUACCACUUUUCCAUGACUGUGCUGCUGUACCUGCUGCCGCUGCUGGUGAUCGGCUGUGCCUACGCCGCCGUUGGCCGCACACUCUGGGCCAGCGCCAUCCCCGGAGACUCCUCCGACCGCUACCACGAGCAGGUGUCGGCCAAGAGGAAGGUGGUGAAGAUGAUGAUCAUGGUGGUGUGCACCUUCGCGCUCUGCUGGCUGCCCUACCACGUCUACUUCACGCUGCAGUACCUGCAGCCCCAGUGGUACCUGCAGAGCUUCAUCCAGCAGGUCUACCUGGCCGUCAUGUGGCUGGCCAUGAGCUCCACCAUGUACAACCCCAUCAUCUACUGCUGCCUCAACGACAGGUUCCGGGUGGGAUUCAAGCACGCAUUCCGGUGGUGCCCGUGGGUCAGUGCCGGUGAGUACGAGGGGCUGGAGCUGCGCUCGGCACGCUUCCUGCACACACACAGCUCCGUGUCCAAGCUCAGCCGCAUGGACACCACCACCGUGGCCUCGGCACUCGGCGCGGCCGACGAGGAGCCGGACGAGCCCGGCCGGGCCGAGCGGCUCUCCCUGGACAUGACCUCCAACGGCUCCUCCCGCAGCGACUCCAAGACGGUCUCCGAGAGCUUCAGCUUCUACUCCAACACCCUCACCUAGGAAUGUCCCCUCAGUGCCACCUUGGUGUCACCGCCCUGCUUGUGCCGUGCCGGCGUUUCCCGCGCUGUUUUCCCAUCUCUUUUCCUUGGGAUGAGUUCCGCUGUGGGGCUGGACGCCAGGAAUGUUUUCACUGCCUGGCUGGAGAUGAAGGGGAUGCAGGAACGGGACAGAGCCGGGUUUUCCUCCGGAAUUCCAACGCUGGCCGGCACUUCCGUGCUCUCUGCGAGGCAGGAGGGACCUCUCGGUGCAUCCCACCCCACGGAAAACGACCCCAUCCUGCACCUCCCUCCUCCCAUCCUUAAUUUCAUUCUCCCUGCUGGAUAUCCAGGGGGAUCUAUCUUGAAUCCCAAAAUCCCAAAAAGGCUUUUUCCAGCUCCACAGGGAGUCAUUGGCCACAGCGUAGAUUUUGGGAUUCAAACAGGCCUGGCCCUGGUUUGGGUCUGUUUGGCAGAAGAACCGUGGCACCUUUGGAAGCCGCAGCCAAGGAUCCAGCGGCGCCUUUGGAAGCUGCAGCCGAGGAUCCAUCCGGGAGCCAUUCCCAUUGUUCGGAGCGUUUUUCUGGGAUUGCUGUGGAUACAAGGCCUGCCCCGCCCAUCCUUGUCUUUACUGUUGUUUUUGUUUUCUGUCCCUCGAGGGCUCCUCACAGCGGAGCGUUCCAAGAUGGAAGUGCAGGAUCUGCUGUUUACAGGGCAUUCCCACAGGGAAUGACGGGAUUUGGUUUUUUUGGGAUUUCCGUGUCCUUGCUGGAGCCUUGGUGUGAGGUCACAGAGCCCAGCCCGGGAGCUCCUGGGGUUUAUUUCCCAUUAAAAUCACCCUAAUCCAAAAAAAAUCCAAUUUUCAGCCUUCAGGACCCACCAUGGACCCUUCCAGUCUUCCCCAAUCCAGGAUUCUGGGAUUUUAGGAUUUAUUCCUCUCCCAAACCCUGCCCCAAAAUCCCGUGUCCAGCUGAAAAAUGGACAUAAUCAUUAUAAUGCAAAGUUUAGCAUGGGAAUCUUCCUUUUCCGUGGAAUAUCCCCCCAAAUUCCAUUCCUGUGGAAUAUCCACCCCAAAUCCCAUUCCCACUGGAAUAUCCAUCCCCAAAUCCCAUCUCUGUGACUGUGACAUCCCUGGGGAAUUCAGGAUGUCGGCAGCUGGAGGGAGCUUUCUGGGAAGUUCUUCCCAUGGGAACAUCCCAAGAGAGAGAACGCAACCAUCCUUCCCAAAGUGUCUCGGGAUUGUCCCAGUGUGGAUUUUCAUGGAUAAAUAUUCCUUUGAUGUGGA